AGGGUUGGAGGAUCUUAAAGUUGCUGGUCUUAUUUCUUUGGAGGGUGCUAAGUGGGAUAAAGACCUCCUGGAAGAAUUAUUUGUUAGCAGAGAUGAGUGUUUGAUCCGAAGUAUUCCGUUGAGCAGGAGAGAGGUGCCGGAUCGUGUUAUUUGGAAGGGGGAAGUUAAUGGUAAGUUUUCGGUACGCAGCUGCUAUCGGAGGCUUAUCGGGGAGCUGCAACCAGAUGGAUGGCAAGGCUGGACUGCUGCUUGGAAUUGGGAUUUACCACCAAAAAUCAAAACCCUUUUCUGGCAGAUUUGUAGCAAUUUUCUGCCCACCACGGUGAAUCUCCGACUAAGAAGAGUUGCGUGUUUAGAACGUUGUGGGCUGUGUGGGGCGGAAGAUGAAUCACUGCUGCAUUUAUUCGUGGUUUGUCCAGAGGCGGCAGAGGCAUGGAGAUCAGUUGGGUGGUGUUUUGACAGAUUGCAGGUGCUGAAUUUUUUGGAAUGGCUGAAAAGGGUGUUUGAGAGCAAAAGAGGUGAUGAUUUGUGUAAGGUGGCCUGGGGUUGUUGGGGGAUUUGGUCGGAACGAAAUAGGCGGGUUUGGCAACAUGAGUUUCUUAGCCCGAGACAGUUUAUGCAAAAGGCUUGGGGCUUUGUGAAUGGAUGGAGGUCUGCGCAAUCCAAGGAGAGCAGGCCGGAGCAGGGAGCAAUUGGAACGGUGCAGCGGUGGAGGCGACCGCAGGAGGGCUGGUUGAAGGCCAACGUUGAUGCAGCUGUUGGCAGUCAGGGGAGAGGCCUAGGCUGGGUACUUCGGGAUGCCGCUGGGUCUUUUGUUGCGGCAGGAGUACAAAGUUGGAAUGGAGAUUGUUCUCCAUUGGAAGCAGAGCUUUUAGGUAUUCGGGAGGUUUUAAGUUGGCUGAAGGAACAAGCUUGGGAUAACGUGGAGAUUGAAUCAGAUUCUUCUUUGGCGGUUUCAGAAAUUCAGGGAGGAACAAGUUGGUCUUCGGGAGGGCUAUUGGCAGAAGACAUACGCGAAAUUAGCUCGGGAUUUAAUAAUCUUUCUUUUUCUUUCAUUCGACGGUCAGCGAACAGGGUUGCCCAUAUGUUAGCUAAGGCAGCCUGUUCUAUGUCUGAUAGUCAGUUUUGGGUGAAUUCACCCCCGAGUUGUAUUAUGAAGGCUCUAUCUUUUGACCUUAUUAAUGAUAAUUAAGCUGGUUUUUUCCAAAAAAAAAAAAAAAUGGUCCUGAUUUAAAAACAAAAAC